GUAUUGGCUCUUGACUUGAUCAGGUUUAAAUAUAAGUAUUAAUCAGAGAUGAACUUACUCUUUGGGUUCAUAUUUAAACUCUGGCAUGUUGAAAUAAUCUAGGUCUCCAUCUGCACAUCUGAAUUCAUUUUGUAAAAUAUGGCAAACAGCUGCAUUUCAAUUGAAAGCUAAAACAACUGCAGGACAUUAACCCAUUGAGAAGAUUACAGUAGGUUUUCAGUUCCAUGUUAAAUGUAUUUAUUAGAGAAAAUUGACUUGAGUGCUUCUGCUUUUAACUGACUUUUUUUUUUAAUGUUUAGGAGAAAGGAAAUCAAGCAUUGGGAUGAUAGGACUUUGAUGUGUAAAGAAGUUAUGUCUAAAGAAGUUAAUUAUCUAAAUCAAACAAAAUGCGGAUGAACAAUACUGCAGCCAGCCCAAUGGCUACUGCUACUUCAAGUAGUGGAAGAAGUGCCGGAAAGUCUAUAAGCUUUGCAGCAGAGCUACAGAGCAUGAUGUUUUCUUUAGGUGAUGCUAGGAGGCCUCUUCAUGAAACAGCAGUUUUGGUAGAAGAUGUGGUUCACACACAGUUAAUUAAUCUGUUACAGCAAGCCGCUGAAAUUUCUCAGCUUCGGGGAGCAAGGGUAAUCUCUGCCGAAGACCUCCUGUUUUUGAUGCGCAAAGAUAAGAAAAAGCUUAGAAGACUGCUAAAGUACAUGUUUUUCCGAGACUACAAAUCCAAGAUUGUCAAGGGCAUAGAUGAGGAUGACCUUCUGGAAGACAAACUGAGUGGCAGCAAUAAUGCAAACAAAAGACAGAAAAUUGCCCAAGACUUUCUCAACUCUAUUGACCAAACAGGAGAACUCCUGGCAAUGUUUGAAGAUGAUGAGAUCGAUGAAGUUAAACAAGAGCGAAUGGAGAGAGCAGAAAGACAAACUCGAAGUAUGGAUUCAGCCCAAUAUGCAGAAUUCUGUGAAAGUCGACAAUUAAGUUUCUCCAAAAAAGCCUCCAAAUUUCGAGACUGGUUGGACUGCAGCAGUAUGGAGAUAAAACCCAAUGUUGUGGCAAUGGAAAUUUUAGCAUAUUUAGCAUAUGAAACCGUGGCACAGUUAGUGGACCUGGCUCUUCUUGUGAGGCAGGACAUGGUAACCAAGGCAGGAGACCCCUUCAGCCAUGCCAUUUCUGCAACCUUCAUUCAGUACCACAACUCUGCUGAGGGGUCUUGCAUGAAGUCCUACCCGGAGUCCCCUGAGAACACGCCGCCUCCCACACCGACAGCCCCGUCGUCUGGCUCACAGCACUCAGGGAAGUCCACCUCAGGAUCCCUAGGGAACGGGAGUGCUGGACAAGACUCAGCGAAAACUAAGCAAAGGAAAAGAAAAAAGAGCACUGCGGCCUGUGGUGUUGAGGCUCACAGCGAUGCCAUCCAGCCCUGCCACAUCAGAGAGGCCGUUCGACGCUACGGCCACAAGAUUGGCCCCCUUUCCCCAUUCACAAGUGCCUACCGCAGGAAUGGGAUGGCUUUUCUGGCCUGCUGAUGGGACUGUGACUGUAACAACAGGAAAGGCAAAUGUUAUAUUAAGGUGAUUUCUGUUCCCCUCUUUGGACAAAAUAAAAUACAAGUUUACCUCCUCGCACCCUCAGGAGUGGGCUGGUUUGUUGUGACUAUCAGCUGGCUGACUCCAGCCCUUUCCCAGCCCCCUCAGUGCUUCGUCUUGUUUACUGGCCGGGCCGCUUAGCUAAUCAAUGUCAGGAUGUUUGGGAUAGUGUGUAGGUGGACAAGAAUGCAGAUCACACAAUUUUGAAAUUUUAAUUUGGAAUGGAUUUACUGCCCUCAGUUCACAUAUCUUAAAAGCAGUGUCUUCCCCCGCCCCUUGCCCAAGUGUUUAGUCUAUGUUUUAUUUGAUGCAUUUUGUAAUCCAGGUUUGGGACAAAGGAAACAAAAUUCAAGGGACAGCCACUUCUCCCCUUGCACUGUCCCACUUCAUAUAUCCUACAUGUAUUUUGGAGACAAAUAUUCAUUUUAUAAACUCACACUAAUCAAAGACCUCAUUGAUCUGAUGAACUGUUCCCAUCUUCUCCUCCCUUCCCCCCCCUUAAAGUGUACGUGUUAUUUUUUCAUGCCUUCCCCGAGCUUCCUGCGGAUCGGCCUGUCCUGUGUGUUCUCCCUCAUACAGGCCCUUUUCCCCUAUCUUCGUGUCCCUGUGUCCCCUCUCCCUCCAGUCCCUCACACACACACACACACACACACACACACACACACACACACAGCCAUUCGAAGGGGAGUUGAGUGAUUUGCUCUCUCCCUUCAAAGCACUCCCACAGCUCCACUGGAAUUGUGGACUGGGUGAUUUCUUGCUGGAAGCAGCUGAGCUACCCUUCUGGCAUCUAGACUUUCUCCAUUAAAUGAGGAACUCGAACUUUUGAGAACAAAUCAAAAUGUAAUAGAUGUAAUUGUACAGUUCCUGAUUCAACUUGAAUUACAAAAAAGGAAGUUAUUUCUUUAAUUCGGUAGGACUUCUGUGCACUUUUAUUUUUAUCAUGGUUUUUGCACACACCAAAAGAGCCUUUGUAAAGCAUUAAUAAAAACAGAAAUAACAAGCAUGAAAGAUUUUCCUCCUGUGACCAAAUCAUCGUGAGGCUCCGUUAAUAUGAUUGUGCCAUAUUAUUCACAUUUGUUAACUAUCAUUUACCUGUUCUGCGUUAGUCCUUCUGGAAAAAUCUUCAUGUCAAGAACAAAAAAAACACAGAUAUAUAAUAUCAAAAAAUUGCCAAGGGGUUUUGAUGUUCCAUCUGUGCUU